CUGUAGAGGAGGACAGAUUGUAUUUUGUAUUCAGUGGCAGUGAAUCUGUACUACAGAUCAGGGACGACCCGGUUUGACGUCUGCAGGUUAAAAGUUCACCGUGGGAUGUUUGGUCACCUUUGGUAAUCUGUAAACCAGGUACAUUGUCUUCUGGGGAAUCAACAUAUUCAAAUACGCUUUUGAAAAACCUCUUGAGGUCCGAAUCAUCCAGGCAGGAUGAGGAUGAGCGGCAUGUCAUUAUCCCACCACACCUCGCUGCUCUCUGGGUUUCUCUUUCUGUUGGGCCCCCUGCUGGUGUGGAGCCAAAAUGACACGGAGCCCAUCGUAUUGGAGGGGAAGUGUUUAGUCGUGUGCGAUUCCACCCCGACUACGGAGCCCACCGGGAAUGCCCUGGGAAUGUCUGUGCGGUCCGGGACGGGUCGUGUGGCAUUCUCUGCUGUCCGGAACAAUAACCAUGAACCGUCUGAGAUGAGCAACCGCACCAUGACCAUUUACUUUGACCAGGUUCUGGUAAAUGUCGGGAGUCAUUUUGAUCCAGCACGGAGCAUCUUCCAGGCUCCCAGAAAAGGAGUGUACAGCUUCAGUUUUCAUGUGGUCAAAGUUUACAACAGACAAACAAUACAGGUCAGUCUAGUGUUGAACGGUUGGCCAGUGAUCUCCGCUUUCGCUGGCGAUCAGGACGUGACGCGUGAAGCAGCGACUAAUGCAGGUCUGGUUACCAUGGAGAGAGGAGACAAGGCCUACCUGAAACUGGAGAGAGGAAACCUGAUGGGUGGCUGGAAAUAUUCCACAUUCUCUGGUUUCCUGGUUUUUCCCUUGUAGACAGAAUGCAAGAGAAGUGCAUGCAGAAAGCAGAGACACUCACAGAAACAGAAUAUUGCACAGAGGGGCAUGUGAAUCAUACAAAACACUCUCAUAAGGAAAUAUCACUCUUCUAGACGAAGGUCACGGUAUCACUUUUCAAGUAACAAGCUAUGUAUUAUACAGUAAUUUUUUUAUAUAUUUACAGUAAAUGUAUCUGUUCAGUUUGAUGCUAUCAACAUAAUUCAGAUUGUUCAUUCAUUUAAAAACCCUUAUUGUUUUUAUGACAGAAAAAUAUGUAUGAUUAAAUUAUAAAUACUAUCAUCAGAUGUAAUAAAGACAUUGAAAUUUUAACCUAGCCACAAUGUAGUGAGUGCAGCUAGAUACUUUUUCAAAAGCUUAGCUUGACUAUAGUUGAACUACUUUUAAUUAAAAGUAGCUUAUGGCUUGGGAAAAAAUGGCUUGAAAGUAGCUUCCUAACAUUGCAAAGAUAUUUGCUGUCAUUGACGUCAAACCUGGUGCGAUGAGUCUUAUCGCAUUUUCCAGUUGAAGUUACAGCAAAGAUUUCCUUAUUAAAGGAAGAGAUUUCAACCUCCAUAUCUGUAUUUUGACAACAUAAAGGUGGAAACACACUCUACGCAAACAUUUGAGCGUGGACCCUUCUAGCUUGGCAAGCUUGAUUUCAUGCGUAGAUGCAUUCCCAAAUGUGUCCACAAUUCAUAACACAACACAAGUGCGCGUUGCAUCCUCAAUGUUGUCACAAGGGGUGCUAUAGCGAGAUUAGUGUGAAUGGUCCGCUUCUACGGUGCGUUUUCUCUUGUAAGUCAACUACUGUCAUAGCAGAGUGACAGUUUAAGAAUGUUGCAGAGCAAGUAAGUCAUUGGGCUCUAUUUUCGUAAGUGUGCAAAGAGCAGUGCUACAUGCAAAGAAUGUGCACUGUGUCUUAUCCAAUUUUCAUGAGAGCGCUAAUUCUCAGCGUAAUUUUCAUGCCAGAGCAAAGCGCAAGUGAGCAGGAGUGUUUGCGCUAUCUGUGGGAGUAUGCGCACAAACUGUAGGUGUCAUGUUAAUGAUAACAUAGAAAAUAGGCCAUUGUGCUAAGAUGUUUCAAAUGUGCAAAGUCUGAAUUGAGUUCCUGCAUUUGCAGUUUGGAGAUUCCACCAGCAAGUGGUAAUAAAGUUCAUGUCCAAACUCUGAAAAUAUAGUGGAACAUCAAAUUACAGUAUGUCCCUAACAAUCGCCAUUUUAUGAAACAAAAAUGUAUUAGGUGUGUUAAAUUAUCUAUAGGUCAUGGUUUAUUCUUCAAUUAUUAUUAUUAUUAUUAUUGUUUAGAUUUACAAUUGUAUUUAUGAUCUAAUUUGUAUUAAUAUUUUUCCACCUGUUGUUGUCGAGUGAUUUUUAAGUCACUGCAAAAGGAGCUGGUGGAAGGAUUUGGAGAGGGUAAAAUGUUUGGAUUUGGUAUGAUUUUAAUUUUUUUUAUCACUUUGUUAUUUUGAUUAUGUUUUCGUUUCGUUAGAAGUGUAAUUUCAAUUUAGGAAAAUUUUAGGUUUAAUUGUUUCGUGUUUCAAUAAAUGAAUAAAAUCAAAAUCAAAAUUGACCGGUAGAAGUGAAGUGCGUGCCGAUACAAUCACUAUAAAUACUAGCCAUGAUUUGUGUGUCAGUAGAUGAAAAUGAUUAAUAAUGCUUUCAUUUUCUAUAAUUUAAUGGAGUGUUCAUCCAAAUCCUGAACUGCAUUUUCCAUGCAUAUAAAAGGAGCAUGUCACUGUCAAAUAUGCCAGACAGUCAACAAGAACGCAGUUAAUGCACAAAAGAACAUAAGUCAAUAUUUCUAUUCUUCUAAUUCAUUGCAUAUAGUCCAUUUACUCUACUAACGUCUUUGUUUAUAUCACUGUUGCUUGAGGGAAUGGACUAUAUAAUAGGACACAGACGGUGCAAUAAUCGGAGAAGAACCUAAAAUUAAAUUUCACUUGACCCAGCCCAUUUGCACUUUGCGCACGUAAAUUCACCAAACCCACUUGCGCCUAGACUUAAUGUAUGCUUGCACGAAAAUACCAAAACUCCAUGGUCAUGCCCACUGGCUUUAAGCUUAUGACUUAAAGCACAGCGCUUAGCUUUAGUACUCUUAAAAGAGGGCCCAUUAUAUUCAUAGCAACAUUCCAGAAUAAUAACACAUCCACUUUAAUGGUAUAGAUGUCUGAAGGUAACUCUAUCGCCCCUUUGAUUACUGAGGUUUGCCGCCACUGCGUUCACAAACUUGAGUAUGUUUCGGCCUCAACGGUCAAUGUGGACACAUCUGCCUGCAAGCCAAUCAUAUAAUGGCCCUGACGUCAUUGAAUCACUUUUACAGUUUUUCAACAGUCAGAUAUAUUUUGCGUCAAAUGCCAUAAAAAUAAGUAGCUUAGUGCCAUAAGAUGAAUCAUGCUAACGUGAAAUUGUAUUUGACAUUUCAUAUACAAAAGCAUUUUUUUUUCAUGGUAAAUUCCACAUAAAGAUUUAGCAAAAGCAGUUUAUUCAGUGAACUGAAGCAUCUCCUCCAUUGACUUCCAUUCAAAAAGAAUAGAAUCUUGUCUCCCUGUUGGAACCUUGAAGGCUACCGAACACCUCUGUUUCGUGUCAUUAAAACGUGUGAUAAUAUGCAAAAAUCGCCAGGGCUUUAACAUAAUAAAAAUUACACUGGAGCAACAUUUUUGUGGUGUGGGAUAUAUGCAAUGUUUUCCUUAUGAGACUGUCCUGAAACUAUGUUUCUAUGAGAAAGAAAUCAUACUGUAUCUCUAUGCCAGGAUACUCUGCAAUAAGGUUUCAACAAUUCUUCAUUGUAUUCCUUUGCAUGUUAAUACAUGAGGUACAUCCAUGAGCAACACCUUGACUCAUGAAUCAUUGUGUAUUGUGCCAUAUUCUAAAGGUCAGAGUGUAAAUAUGGACAUGGGUGGCUACGGUUUCAAUUUAUCAUCAUUAUGUGCCAUCUGUUGUUCUGGCUACAGACGUUAUAGACCCAACCAACAAACUUCAUCCACGGUGCCCAAGAAUAAGUGGAGGUACUUGUACAUAUUGGCUACUGGGAUGCACAAUAAAAGGACACAAGCUUUUUCCCUGGCAUUACUUGUGUCCUGUCAUUUCCAUUUGUCAUGCACAGUAGAAUAGGCCAUAUGCACACUAAUAUGUUUUCGUUUGACAAAGCAUCAAUGUUGCUACGUUACGCCUCUCAUUCACACUAAAACAGUGAUUUCCUCCAUCGAAAAUGGAGCAUUUCAAACUUUGGACAGCAGUGACAUUAGGCACAGAGUUUUCAAACGAAAACAUAUCAGUGGGGAUGUGGCUUUAUCAUUGUCUGUGCCAUUAAACCGGAUGUGUUAUUAUUCAAAUAUCUAGCUGUAAGAUGUAGAUUUUCUCAAUUUUGCUCUGCAUGAAAACACCUUUACAGAUGUUCUGGUGGCUUAUCCAAUGUGUGUACAUGAUUAAUGCCAGGGUCAGGAAUUAAGGGGGCUCAGGGCAAAAGUGCCACCAAAAAUGAUAAAAAUGUCCCAAAAAUUCAAAAUGUGGGGGCAAAAAAAUACAGUUAUUUCUGAUACAGUUCUAUAUUGUAUUAUAGUUCUAGUUACACAUUUUAUGGCAUUAAAAAUGAGUUGAUGUUGAUUGAAUUUUUCGAAUGAAAAGUAAUAAAUUCUCAAUCUUGAAUUUGUAUUAAUGAAUUGAUUAAGUCAACGGAUAAGAUGUAAAAAAGCCCUCAUUAAGGUAAAAGAUGACCCAGAAAAUCAAAUUGUGGAGCAAAUAUUGUGCAUUAAUAAAAAUAAAAAAAAGUUAAUUUCUGACAUUGUGUAUGUCUGUUCACAAUUUAGCGUUAGAAUCAGAAAAGGGAAAACUCCAUGAUUUCUAAAGUCAUAUAAAAGUGUUUAUAUUUAUUUAUUUAUUUAAUUUGUUUUAUUUGGUGAUUUUUAAUAACUAUCAACAUAUUGUUGUAUUGAUGUAAAUGCACUCUCUGACUGCAGAAAAAGACAGUUUAUGCCAAUGUUCUCUAAUGCAGAGAAUGCUGCAACGGAACACAUUACUUAUGAGGCAUUUACAUGAGAUGCAUUCUUGCAUUCGAAAACCUCUAGACAGAAUGCAACAGAAUGGAGCAGAAAGAAGGGGUUUUGAGACACGUUAUUAAACUAUUACUAUUUUUAUCUAGUUGCAAGACCCUAAAAAAAAAAGACACAAGAAGGUAACCCCCGGUUGCCAAAAGUCUUGCAAGUGCCACAGAAAUCCUACCCAUAAACAUAACCCUAACCUUAACCCCAGCACUAAACCUAACCCUCUACCUAACCUUAGUAACAGCGAAUGAGACUCUCGACAGACUUCUGGGUUGUAACCUACUAGACACUGCCUCGAUCAAUCCAAAACUUAGUGAGAAGCUUCAUUUGACAAAAUUUCCAAAUGUCAGCGACCAAUGAGCAUAACUCAGUGCUGGGUUUUGUCAAACGUAAAAACAAACUUUUAAGUAUUUUCACUGCAUAAAAUGUAUGAACAUGCAAUAUAUCAGAAAUAGUGAGGGAGUAGAGAAGAACUGUUUGUAUAUCAGUGAAUGCCUACAUUUUCACCUAUUUUGCUAGCUAGCAUCUGGAAGUCUGUGCAUGCUAUGAUAUUUUAAAUUUGACUGUGACAGGGGAUUGACUGGAAUGCACUGAAGACAGAAGUGGGAAUUCUUAACUUGGGAAUUCCCUACUCCGAUUUCGACUGAACGCAGCAUAUACUGUACUGGCGAAAGCAUACUUUGGUUUUCCGCAUGAAUUUAAUCAUCAACACAAUACGCGCAGUCUGUCCGCAUCUCUAGAAAAAACUAGGCUGCAUGCAGUCUGUGUAUACUGUGCUGAUGACGCAAAAAUUCACACCGAUUUUUUUUUUUCAAAUCUUAGUGUGUUGUUUGCAUGCUGUGGACUGUACUAAUGAGUAUCAUAAAACAGUCGUAGUGUGCAUGCAUCGAAAGCGUUAUUAUGGGCUCAUGGUCAAAAGAGUAUUUUUCGAACGCUAGAUUGUUCACGAGAUGCAACGGCACACGGAAGUACUGUAUAUCCUAGCCUUAAAGGGGUCAUGACAUGAGAAAUCAAAUUUUCCUCGAUAUUUUGACAUAUAAGAGGUCAUUCUGUUAUACAGUAAAGCAUACUGUAAGUUUCAGAACUCAAAACUUCCUCUCCAGUCCAAAAAGAGCAUUUAUUGUUUCCACCCUUCAAAAAUUGUGACGUCACAGUGUAGUGUCAUUUCACACCGCACCUCCACAACACAUGUAAUCGGCUGGGAUACUGCAAAACUGAAAGUGGUACUAUUGUAAUUGUAGUUUACUUUUAACUAGCGAAACAAGUAAAGUUAUGUUGUGUUCCUGGUUCCUGCAUCUCUGCAAAGCCUUCUAAAGAAUCCCAAUGUUAGGAAUGAGCGCGUCAAUGUGGAAUUAUAAAUUUGAAUUCUUUGGAUUUAUGGAAUAAUUUUUCUGAGAACCAAGAAAGCAGGCUUUGCAAAGAAAUUGUAUUGAUACAUGGAGCAUUGUACUCAAGAUUUUCAUCUGCCUGUGUUUGUUUGAUAUGUAAGGAAUUGUAUAUUCAGCCAUUUUAAUCGCAAAUAAACCAUGAUCAUGACUUCAAA